AUGAGUGACUGGAACGAAAUUCAACGUUUAGCUGCUGAUUUUCAACGCAUUCAGUUGACAGCUAGCGCUCAUCAACUUUCGGAAAGAAAUUGUAUCGAAAUAAUAACCAAAUUGAUUGCAAUGAACAAGGUCCAAGUGAUGUAUACCAUUGAUGGCAAAGAAUAUCUUACACCGCAGCAAUUAGAACGAGAAAUAAGAGAUGAAUUAUUUGUCCAUAGCGGGCGUAUCAAUUUGGUAGAGUUACAACAGGUUAUAAAUGUGGAUCUAACUCAUAUCGAUAGCAAAGUCAAAGAAAUGUUAAGAGGCGAUCGAAGUUUAUACUUGAUACAAGGAGACUUAAUCGAUAGGGAUUAUAUAGAUAGGUUGGCCGAAGAAAUUAAUGAUAUUCUGCAAGAAUCCGGUCAAAUUUCUGUAUCUGAAUUGGGAAAGACAUUUAAUUUACCUACAGACUUUUUACAAACGAAUAUUGAAAAAAGAAUGGGAAUUUACAUACAUGGACAAGUGAAUCCGUUAGAACGUGGUACGAUAUAUACUGAAGCAUAUGUGGCACGCCAUGCAGCCAAAAUUCGUGGGGUCUUCAGCGCUAUAACUAGGCCGACUUCAGUAUCAUCAAUAAUUUAUCAAUAUAGCUUUCCAGAAGCGUUACUACAUGAUAUUUUACGCAAAUUGUUGGAUGAGAAAAGACUAGCAGGAUCAGUUCAAGGGCAUCAAAGUAAAGCAAUUUAUACUCCAAAUAUCUAUUCCCGAACACAAUCGAAUUGGGUAUUAUCAUUCUUUCGCCAGAAUGAUUAUAUUGAAUACGACAGCUUAACUCGCCUAGACAUUACGGACCCCAAAAAUUACCUGAAAAAGUGCUUGAAUAAGAACGUCAUUUUUCUAGAGUCAUGUGUUAGCGGACAGAACAUUUUAGGUCAAGUGCAAGCAGCCAUAGAAGAUGUUGUCGCAACACCUUCUUGGGUUGAUAUUAUGACGUUGCUGCCAUCACCCUUUACUACUGGAGAUGCAUCAGUGUUGUUACAAAAGCAUUGCUUAAAAAGUAAUAAAAAUAACACAUCCGUACAAUGUCUUUGCGACAAAUUCGUUGUCAGCAACAAAUUUAUUCAAAACUGUUUACAAUUAUUCGAUGAUCAUAUGAAGACCAAAGCCGAAAAAGUAUACUUUCAUUUACUAUUUAUAGAUGCCGGUAAAGUAGCUGCAAAAUUUGCAUCUACCAGCUCCACCAAUCCUAAUCAUUCGACACUGACUAAACAUGACGACUCCAAUGUUACUGGAGGUAAAAAAAAGAAAGGAGAUGAUUCAACGAGUUCGAAAAGAAAGGGUAAAGGCAAAGACCGAUCUACGCCAGAUGACCUUGAAUCAACCAGAUCUCAUAUUAAACAAAAUAAGCAGGACUUGGAAUUUAUGGCCAUUCCCGAGAUAAUAGAAGUAUUGCAACGAGAGCAUUCAAACUGUGAAGAUCAAUUUUUAGAAGAAAUCGCUUCUCAACUAUUUAGUCCACUCAAAAGAAAGUAUCAGGAGGUUGCUAAAUCAGUAUUCCUGGCAUCAACAUCUUCAGUUACUUCUGAAAAACGUAAACUUCAUUCAGAUGCACAAGAUAAAAUUAAUGGUUUAUUAACUAACGCUAAAUUAUUUGGAAAAGGCCUUCAACAUUUUUCUGGCGACGCGCAUACCACUCUUGGAAAACAUCUUUUGCAUACUCUAUGUACAGAGAUAACCAAUAUCGUUUUCAGUCUAUUAAUUAGCGAACAUAUUAUGGUUGAUAGUGAUCCUAAUUCUUUAAAUCCUGAAACACGUUCUUCCGCUUUGGAGAAAUUUCCUAAUAACGUUAAAAAAGCUGCAUCUGCCUUGGAAAAAUCAUUAAGCGGCAAAGAUGUUGAGCAAUUCUUUGAUGCCCUUGACGUUGUUCUUGGACCUUCGAUUUGCCAAAUAAUGAUAAAAAAAUUGGAUAAGAAAAAAGAAAGGCAAAUAAUCUUCAAUCACCGCCAAAGUCUAAUAGAGCAAUUGAAUAAAGAAAGUAAACCGGCGAUGUGUUUACAUCUUUGCACAUUGCUGUUAUUUCAAAGACAUACGCAAUGUAUGAUACACGCUCCUGGUCGAUGUAUCCCUCAGAUUAUAUCAUUCCUAAAGCAACACUUGACAGACGAACAGUAUAAAACAAUUUAUGAAUACCAACAGCUCAUUAUUCAGUCGAUACAACAAUCAUCUGACAAGCAAAAACCAGAGAUGUCGGAGGAACCUAAAGAUUCCGAUAAUUCAAACGAUAAUCAAAAUAUUGAUCUACAAUUACAAGAAAAAAUGACUACGAUUAAAGCAAUUGCUUUAGAAAACAAAAAGCAAUCUUAA